ACCAAGAAGCAACACGUUGUUUUUAUUAUUAAAUCAGAAUUACAAGACAAAACUUUGAGAACAUUUUUUUUUCUUUCAAAAACAGACAUUUUGGUAUCGGGUUAAAUAAAUAUAUAUAAAUUAAUAUAAAUAUAAAUGAACUGUUUGGAUGAAAUAGAAAUUUGUAAAACAAAAAAGAUAAAUAUUAGAUUACAAUCAGUGUGUCGGGGUGUUAAAUAGGGACUUUUAUAGGGUUGGAUUUAAAGUUAGAUCUAAUUCUUCAAUAAUGCAAAUAGAAUAUGAAUAAAUAAAAGCCUGUGAUGUAUUCUUAUUUUAAAUAGAAUAACAACAAUAAGCCGAUUGAUUGAUUGAUUAGUAAAAACUCUUAGACAAAAAAAAGAUGAUUAAUGAUGUCAACUUGUGAUGGUUAUUUCGUCUUCUAAGAACAUAAUCGGCAGAUUAAUAAAUAAUAUAAAAUAAGUAGUAGUUUCAGCAGUACAUAUAUAUUUGUGUUAUUUUAUGGGAACUAGAAGGAGUAAAACUAGAAAAAUAGACGUUUAAGAAAUGUAGAAUAAAACUGGAUUAAACUAAAAAUCAGAAGCUUGAGUUUGACAUUUAAAGGAAAAACAGAAGUAAAGUUCUCUAUCAGUGAGUCCGUAAUCCAAACCUUCCAUUGCAUCUUGGUCCAAGUCUGCAUAAGGGUUACUAUGAAACCCGACCACGCCCCCGGCCUCUCGUCAGCCCGCCUCCAAGCUGCCGGAGCCAAUCAGAAGAGCCCUCUGCUGCAGCCCUGAGUUAUAAGAACCUCUCGGUGCUCAGAGACAGACACUAACAACCACAAGAUGAACAUGCCACAGGUCCUCAUCCUCGUCACCAUCCUGGUGCUCGCGGCGGACGCUUUCCCCUCGGACAGAAGCGCCGGGCCCGGCCGGGACAAGCGGGCCUCCUGGGACGACAUGAACAUUCUGGCCCACGGCCUCCUGCAGCUGGGCCAGGGCCUGAAGGAACACGUGGACAAGACCAGAGUCCAGAUGAGGGACGUCGACGCCAAGCUGAAGGCCUUCAACGGCUCGCUGGCUCAACUCGAGAGGGCGCGGCGGGAGCGCGAUGGAGCGAUGGAGGCCAGAACCAAAGAGCUGGAGGAGGAGGAGAGAGAGGAGGUGGAGGAGGUGAAGACACAGAGCGAGGACAUCCACACCAGGAUGGACAGGCUGGAGGAGAAAGUGGACGAGGUCCUCGGAGAGUCGACCGGGGAGCACAACAACAGCGACCACACGGGAGCCCCGUCCAUCCAGGCUCUGGUCGCGGCUCAGAACCGACGCAUCGACCAGCUGGUGGAGAAGAUCAAGCAGCAGCAAGACAAGCUGGAGAAGCAGAGCCGCCACCUGCAGACACUGCAACUCAAGGUCGCACACAAGAGGGUGAAAUCGCACCGCCGGAGAGACAGCGACACGGCUCUGAGGGCCGAGUCCGGAGAGCCGAGCAGAGACGACGCUCCAGGUUUGGCCAGAGACUGUCACGACCUGUUCCUCCGAGGGCAUCGAGCCGGCGGCGUCUACAAGAUCCAACCGCUCGGCUCCGUGCCCUUCGACGCCCUCUGUCAGAUGACCUCUGAAGGCGGGUGGACGGUGAUCCAGAAGCGUCUGGAUGGAUCCCAGAGCUUCAACCAGCUGUGGGAGAGCUACCGGAGCGGCUUCGGGAACCUGGACGGCGAGUUCUGGUUGGGCUUGGAGAACAUCCGCUCCAUCGCCGCGCAGGGCCAGUACGUCCUGCAGGUGGAGCUCUCCGAUUGGCUGGGGCAGCGGGAGGCUCGCUAUGGACUCCACCUGGAAGGAGAGGAGAAGAAGUUUGCUCUGCGCCUGGAGGCCGACUCUCCAUCCGGGGCUCGGGAGCAUGUGAUGGGGACGGAAGGAUCCGGUGUUCCUUUCUCCACCGCGGACAGAGACAACGACCUCUCAGAGGUCAACUGUGCCGCGCGGCUCUCCGGCGGCUGGUGGUUCAGUCGUUGUGGCGAGUCCAAUCCGAACGGCUUAUUUCCCAGAAGGCCGAGCGUGCGGCGGUCCAGCAGGCGAGAGAUGUUCUGGUCGUCCACGAAGGGACGACGCGACUCGAUGAAGAUCACGCUCCUGAAGAUCGCCCCCGCCACAAUAAAACACGAGCAGUGACCGUAUCGAUCACUCACUAAUGAUCCCGACGAGCUGAUCAGAUAUCUCUAUGCUGUGCCAUACGAUCAAUAAUCGUCAUAUUGACACGUUUAUUCCCUUCAUAAGGGUUUCCUGCUUAAUGUGUUUUAAAUACUCGUACUAUUAUACUUCAGUGUAUUUUCUUCAUCAUUUAUAUA